AUGAAGCAACCAAUAUACAUGUAUGUGAUCACUGUGCAGUGUGUUCAACAUCACCAUGGAAAAGGAAACUUCAAACGACAAUCCUGUUUCAACCAGCAGGCAUGGAGCCAGUACAGUGAAGAGGAUUUAUUCAAAAUACUUUCAGAUGCUGUCACGCCAUUAUGGAGAUUACCAUAUCAACAACAACUACAAUUAAAAUACAGUGUGAAUCAAGAUAUUCUCAGACUUUUGACUCAGAGAACUCAUUACAUUGGUGAUAGCGAACAUUUGGACUUUAUCCAAUUUUCCAAUAAGAAUGAUGGACUACCUUGUGUUAUUGAAAAUACAAAACCAUCUCCACAAACAGAAAGCACUAGGAACAAGUGUGAACUUUCAGUUGGAGUAGGUUACCAUGGUGACAGGAAGACAGUUUAUGAAAAAUUUCUUAGAAGUUCAUCGCUGGAUGUAAUGUUAGAUUUCCAAGAUGGUGGAUUUUGGAGGCAUUGUACUGUACGAACCAACCUUAAAGGUGAUGUCAUGGUUGUUGUCAAAAUACAUCCACAGAAUUUAUCAAAGGAUGAACUAAGGAAGCAUAAAGAUGAACUGAAAAACCAUUUCCUUCACAGUCUUAAAAAUGAUAUCACAUCAUUGUAUAUUCAGGAAAGCAUUCAUAUGAGAGAAACUCAUGAAUCAUGUCCAUAUGAAUUACUCUACGGGGAACCAUACAUAUAUGAGAAGAUACUAAACAAGUUCAAGUUCAGGAUUUCACCGGAUUCAUUCUUCCAGACCAAUACACUCGCAGCUAAUGUUUUAUAUAAGACUAUAAAAGACUUGUGUCAAGUCACAAAUGACACUACAUUAGUUGACAUAUGCUGUGGUACUGGCACUAUUGGGAUUGUAAUGGCGGAGUCUGUCAAGAAAGUUAUUGGUAUUGAAUUGAUCAGCCAGGCAGUAGACGAUGCUAAACUCAAUGCAAAACUCAAUAAUGUAACAAAUUCAGAAUACUUAUGUGGGCGUGCUGAGAGAAUCAUCCCAGACUUGAUGCCAACUUUGGUGAAUGAAACUGACAUAGUAGCUGUAGUGAAUCCUGGUAGAGCUGGCUUACACUCUAAAGUUAUCAGAACCUUGCGUAAUUGUGAGUUUAUUAACGACUUGGUUUAUGUGUCUUGUAAACCACAAGGUGAAGCAAUGAAAAACUUCACAGAUCUGUGCUGUCCACCAAUAAAGAAGCUAUAUGGUCGACCUUUCACCCCAAUCAAGGCUGUUCCCGUUGAUAUGUUUCCCCAUACAAAUCACUGUGAAUUGGUUAUUUUGUUUGAGAGGUAGUGGCAGAUUGGAAAUCAACUUGGCAAUGCAUCAUGGGAUAUAAACAUUGUGGCGCAAGCUGUAUAUAGGGAAUACAAUAAUCUCCAUUAAAAUUUGAAUCUGAUUUCUGAACGCAUGUCACAUGUAAGUUUGAGGAAAGUGAGCAGAGGUGAUUCCAG